AUGUUUAGGUCUCUAGGGUUGCUCCCGGCAUCCUCGUCAAGGUUGCUACGUAUAAGUGCUCCUCGUCAGUGCCUCAGACGGUUCCAUUACACACCCAGCCCUUUUGCACUGGGUAGUUUAUUUGGAGAGAUCACUUCCACAAAGGAGUCAAAAGAAGAGCAGAAUGAAGUCGAACCAGCUUCUGAAAGCGGUAUUCCUGCUGAAGAUAGCAAGUUGAAAGAAUUUCAUAGAGAAGAAGCUUUGAAGAAGCAGCUCAGGAGUGAUAAGUUCAUAAGCCCGCUCAAGAGGAAAUUCUACCAGUUGAACGUGGAGCAAAACGGUUUUUUCAAAAACGGACAAAUCGUUCAUGAUGCUGAGCUGGGGAAAACCUACAGAGUGACUCUUACCAAUGAGGAGAUUGACAUCUUGGAGCCUACAGUGUACAUCCAGUCGUACCGUAUCAAGUCGUCGAUGAAGAAAGCAACCAUUGUGAACCGUUUUGUGAGGGGGUACGACGUGAAAACCGCCAUCAACCAAUUGCAUUUCAACCCCAAAAAGAUGGCCACCGAGUUGGAAAAGUUGCUAAAGCGGGCGCUCGUUCAGGCUAAAGAGGUGGGCAUCAACGAAGAUGAUGCGUACAUUCAGGCGCUCUGGACUGGGUCCGACGGGAACUGGAGAAAAAGACCCGACAUCAAGGGCCGUGGGCGUACGGGUAUAAUCGAGCAUCCAUACAUUCAUUUGAAAGCGAUCAUUAAGGGCAAGCAGACGAAGCAGUGGAUAGCGUGGGAGAAGGAACAGAAACAGCUAUUGGCCAAACCGAAGCUGUUGUUGAAUAACGAGCCACUCAAUUUCAAGGUGCAAUCGCAGUAUCGUUGGUGA